AUGGGGACGGCGGCGAGCCACAGCAGCGAGGAGGAGGAGGAGGGUGCCGAAGAGGGCAUGGAGGGGGCGGCCGGCGCGCCCCAACCCGGCGCGGCCGCGCCGGCGCUGCCGCCGGCCGAGGUGCUGCUGGAGCAGGCCCGGCUGCGGGAGGCCACGGCGCGGCUGCGGGAGGCGGCCCUGCCCGAGCCGCUCGUGUCGCGGCACCACAGCGCGCUGGUGCGAUGGCUGGAGGAGCGGCUGAGCCGCGGCGACGAGGCCGUGAGCCUGGAGCAGUUCUGCGAGGUGCUGGAGAGUGUGUCCCGGCUGGCGGCCGGCUCCCGCGGGGAGAGCGAGGAGGCCUUUGCACAGUUUGAUGCUGAAGGAGAUGGCACUGUGGAUGUGGAGAAUAUGCUGGAGACUCUCAAGAAUUCUAGUGGAGCAAAUCUUCAGGGAGAGCUGAGCCAUGUAAUCAGGCAACUGCAAGCUUGUUCACUGGUGCCAGGGUUUAUUGAUAUAUUUUCUGAAUCGAAAGAGCGCCUGGGCCUUCACGCCUCGAUGAUCCUGAGGUUCCUGCACAGGAACCGCAUUUCCAGCACGGCCAUCCCGUACCCAGCGCUGGAGUACUUCAACAACAUCUGCACCAUGCGCUCGUCCGUGCUCAAGGAUUCUCUGGAUCGACUUCUCCUAAAAGAGAGAGAAUACCCCAGUGAUCUGAAUGGUAAUGAGGAGUCAGACAAGCUGAAGUCUGUCACAAAGUGCUACACACACAUUGAAACCUCCUCCAAUUCCGCUGAUAUCGACAAGAUGACAAACGGAGAAACUUCCUCCUUCUGGCAGUCGGACGGGAGCGCUCGGUCCCACUGGAUACGUUUAAAGAUGAAACCAGAUGUGGUUUUGAGACACCUGUCCAUUGCAGUGGCAGCUAAUGACCAGAGUUACAUGCCACAGCAGGUCACAGUGGCAGUGGGAAGGAAUGCCAGCAGUCUCCAGGAGGUCCGAGAUGUUCACAUUCCAAGCAAUAUCACUGGCUACGUAACACUGUUGGAAAACGCUAACAUUAGUCAGAUGUAUGUACAGAUAAACAUCAAGCGUUGCCUUAGUGAUGGAUGUGACACCAGGAUCCACGGGCUGCGGGCUGUGGGCUACCAGAGAGUGAGGAAGGUGGGAGUGUCCGUGUGCGACGCCUCGGCCAUCUGGUACUGGUCCCUGCUGACCUCUCUGGUGACAGCUUCCAUGGAAACAAACCCAGCAUUUGUUCACACCAUUUUACAGAAUACUCAGAAAGCACUGCAGCACAUGCCACCUCUCUCCCUAACACCAGGCUCCACAGAUUUUUCAAGCUUCUUGUCACCAAAUGUUUUGGAAGAAGUAGAUAGCUUCCUUAUCAGAAUAACAAGUUGUUGUACUACUCCAGAGGUGGAGCUGACACUCCUGGCCUUUGCCUUAGCCCGAGGGAGUGUUGCCAAAGUGCUGAGUUCCCUUUGUGCCAUCACUGAUCAUUUGGACACUCCAUACAAGGCUUCCUCACUGAUCUCUUCCAUGGCAGCAGUCAGGCAGAACCUGCUCUAUAAAUACGGAAAGCCUUUACGGCUCACUCUGCAAGCAUGUGAUGUAAAGGGAAAAGAAGAUAAAUCAGGGCCUGAAAACCUCCUUGUAGAGCCAUGGACUGGGGAUGGUUUUCUGACUGAAACUGGGAGAACCAGAGCAAGUAUCAUUCUUUCUACUGGAACUGAAUCUUCAUUUCAAGUGACACAAAUUAGAAUAAAGGUGCGCCGUGGUGCCAUUGGGGCUCAGUGUGGGCUGGUGUUUGCCUACAAUGGAGCCUCAGAAAAGUUCCAUGCUGAGGAACACUUCAAAAGGUUUGAGAGCUAUGACAAAUGGAAGCUGAGGGAAUUCAAACAGUUCUUAAAAACCAGAAGCAGUUAUUCAUGUGAUGAUUUGGGAGAUGAUGAUCCUAUUGGCUGGUUUGAAGUAGAAGAAGAAUGGGAUGAAGUUGAUGUCAAAAUGCAGCAAUGUAGAGUUUCCCAAUACUUGAUGAUAAAGUUCCUGUGCACCAGACAAGAGUCAGCAGAACGGCUCGGGGUGCAGGGGCUCAGUGUCCUGGGCUACCUGCGGCCCCUGCGGGAUGAGCCCUGCAGGACCAUGAGCUGCCUGCAGUGCAGGAAAACUGAGGAUGACACAGUCUGUGGCACAACUCUGCUCCUCAAGACACUUCAUUUCAUCCAGCAGCUGGCACAGGACCUGGUUCAGCAGAAGGAGAGUGGAUUAAAAUACAAGUCAUUUUUAGAUUUCACAGGCCUUGAUUUGCAGCUGUUCUGGAAUUUUUACAAUAAACUGCACCAAAAGCCGAGGGAAGAAUGUAUCUUUGCUCAAACACUGCUGUUGCAGCUUCUCCAGAGCUGCUUCUUUGUAUUUACUGGAGAUAAUAAAACUGCUAAACCUCAAGAAACUCCUCAGAGCAAAACAGCUGGUCACACAGAAGCUGCAGAAGAGCUUUAUAGACAUUUGUGUGAAGUAGUGGAUAUGGGGGACAGUAACUCCAUGCCAAUGAAAAUGCUGAAAGAGGAAGUUAAGAACACCUUACUCAGUGGAGCAGCAGUUUUUUUCCCAGAUAGACAGACCAGGCGACACCAGCUCUUCACCAUGAUGAAAAACAUCACAGAGCAAGAGCAUAAGCAAUCUCUACAUCUUGCCUUCAGAUCCUUGUGUACCCACUUCAGUGAUCAAGAUCCAGGUGGACUCUUAUUAUUACCAGAGAAAGGAGUUACUGCAAAUUUUGACAUAAGUGAAGUAUUAUCAGUCAUGGACACCCUUCUGCUUGUGGCAGCAAGAGAGUGUGAAAUGAUGAUGCUGGAUGUUGCACAGCAAGAGAGUGGCACAGUCUUGUCUUCCUUAUUCUGGUCUGUUCAGGGCAGCCUCCUUUCCUGGUGCUAUCUGCAGCUUAAAGGCACUGAUAAUUCAGCCAAGGAUCUUGCAGUAGAAAUACUUAAAAACUAUGUGGGCCAGUUCCUGACAAAUAUCAGAACAAUUUUGCAGUCACUCUUAUCUCAAUAUAGUGGCAAAAAAAUAGUAGAAAAAAUAAGUAGCUCUGUCUUUGCUAUGGCAACUCGUCAGCUGGUCAUCUUCUUGUUGGAUUUUUGCACUUUAGACAUUCCGUACUGUACUCUGCUACAGGGAUUCAGCACUUUGAUAGAACCACUGAAAAGCCUUUGUAGUGAACCUCAUAAGAUGGACAUGGAAAGCUGGCAGCAGGAGCAGCCUGUAGUAUUGCGGACAUGGACAAUGGAGUCACCUCAUAACUAUGAAAAUAAUUGCCAUGAGGUCUCAGUCUUCCUGUGUCAUGGGGCAACUUACUUUGAGGUGGAAUUUGAUGAAAAAUGUGAAACUGAAAGGAGGUAUGAUUACCUGGAGUUUACUGAUGCCAGAGGGGCAAAAACUCGUUACGAUACAAAGGUUGGCACUGAGAAAUGGCCCAAGAAAGUGACCUUUAAGGCUGGCCCACGGCUGCAGUUUCUCUUUCACUCUGACAGCAGCAAUAAUGAGUGGGGCUACAAGUUCUCUGUCACUGCUUACGGCCUCCCAGACGUUGCCGUGUCUUGGGGCUUGGAUUUACAGCUGCUUGUCUCCCGCCUGAUGGGGCGCUUGGCUUCCCGCAGCAUGGCCCUCAGAUCCCUGCGAGAAUUAGGUAGUGAAGCAGACUUGCCUCCUUUGAAAGUAACAGCAGUUCUUAAUUCUCCUCUGUGGAAGCUUGUCUUCAGGCAUCAGAUGUGUUCUGAGGCACUCCCGGGGGCCAGGCAAAGCACUGCCAAGCACCAAGACAAAAAUAAGGCUCGGAGCUCUCCCCACGACGUCUGCCGUAAAUUUCUUAUCGACUUUGCAAAAUCAGAUCCUGCCCAGGACUUCAGUGGGCAAAAAUCUGAACUUUUCAGAGGACUUAUACAGGCAUGUAAAAAACAGACCCCAAAGACAGAUGUAGUUGCUGGUCCUACUGUUGAUCAAGCUGUGAACUCAACAUUUGCUGCUUUGGUGUAUCUCACUCCAGAUUUAUUUGAGAAGCUUCAAAAAUAUGUCAACAGUGGAGGCAAGGUGCCUUUGAGUGAUGAAUUUGCACAAGUAUAUUCCCUGGCUGAUUCCAUUAGAAUAUGGAUGUUGGAAAUGAAGCAGAAAUCCCUGAUGGGGAGGGGAAAUGAUGCUGAGGAGAAGCAGAACACAGAAGCAAGUGAGGUGAACCCAGAAACUCUCGCAAAACUUUGUGUGCAGAAGAGCCUUUUGUUACUGAAUUUUUUGCCUGUAAGAGCAAAGACGAAAGAUUCUGCCUCAGAGAAUUUGGAAGCCCAAGACAUGGAUGAUCCCCAGCAGUAUGUGAGGGAUAAAUGCCAAAGACAAGGAUCAACUGUGGACAUGGACUUCCAGGCAGCACAGCCAGUGUCAUCCCGUUCAAAAGAAAGGGUUCAAACCUCACAGUCUGAUCUGAAAGUUAAACAAAUUCCAGGCCUCCACCAAGCAGAAGCUGCAUCUGCAUUUCAUAGUAAGCCUGUUGAAAGUGCAGCUUCCCAGCAGGAAGAUGUGUCAUCACCUCCUUCCACUCCUACACGGAAGUCUCAGCUGGGCCGGGGAAGACUGAGGCUGCUGUCCUUCAGGUCAAUGGAAGAGCCAAGAGCUGUGCCUACUGUGAAGGAAAAAUAUCCUAUUUUGAAGAACAUAUUAGACUUUAUUAAGGAUCAAUCACUUUCACAUGAAAGUGUUUUAAAGGUUCUUGCUUUGAGAAAAUCCCAAGGGCAGAGCAUUAUGGAAGUGCUCAAGACCAUCCGCCAGUGCCUGGACUCUCUUGGGCAGCCUCACUGCUUCCACCCACCCUGUGUACUUUUUCUCCUAGAACUUCUAGCCUGUCAGAAAGAUUUUACAAACUACUUUGGAAACUUGGAAGGCUGUGGUGCUGAGCUACACAAAGAGAUUCGAGAGUCCUACUAUCAGCUUGUUUUGUUCCUGGUCAAUUCUGUCAAGGGAUUUAGUACAAUUAAUGACAGGUCAUUGCUUCCUGCCUUAUCCUGUGUGCAGACAGCUCUUCUCCACCUCCUGGAUAUGAGCUGGGAGCCCAGUGAUCUUUCCUUCUUCGUGGAGAUCCAGCUGCCCCAUCUCCUCAUGACAACCUCACAGGAGAACAUCAGCACCCAUGACAGUGUCAUUUGCCAGUGGAGUGAAGAAGAUGAAAUUGCAGACUACAAGCAAAACUGUGAAUGGAUGGAUGAAUGUCAGGAUGUGACGUUUGAGACCUGGUAUGAAAAGAUAACUCAAGCUGACCCAGAGAAGCAGAGAAAGAUGCACAUGUUUGUUGCUCGUUACUGUGACCUGUUGAACGUGGACAUAUCCUGUGAUGGCUGUGAUGAAAUUGCGCCGUGGCAUCGCUACCGCUGCCUGCAGUGCAACGACAUGGAUCUAUGUAAAACUUGUUUCCUUGGUGGAGUUAAACCUGAAGGACAUGAGGAUGACCAUGAAAUGGUGAACAUGGAAUAUGCCUGUGAUCACUGCCAAGGAGUUAUCAUAGGUCGGAGAAUGAACUGCAAUGUUUGUGAUGACUUUGACCUUUGCUAUGGAUGCUAUCAUGCAAAGAAAUACUCUGACAGCCACCUCCCCACGCACAGCAUGACCGUGUACCCCAUGGUGACCAUCCGCAUCAGCGACCGGCAGCGCCUCAUCCAGCCCUACGUCCACAACUACUCCUGGCUGCUCUUUGCUGCCUUGACUCUCUACAGUGCAGAUCUGGCAAAUGGGGAGGAAGUAGAAGGAGAGAAACUGGAUCCCCAGGUCCUCAAUCAUGCCAGAGUUCUGCAGCAUCAGUGCAUUCAGCUCAUUGGGGACUGCCUGAUGAAAGCACAGCAUGGAAAAGGACUGAAAAAUUCAGCUCUACUCUGCAUGUUACCAGAAGAUGAGUCCUUCUCAGAGAAUGACAAUGUUUCAGGCAGUCCUCCCACAGACAGUGCUCCAAAAAGUCAUCCUGGUGAUAGAGCAGGGAAGGGAAGAGAUGAGAAACGUGGCACAGGCUCUCUGGUGCAUCGUAGUGGGAAAGGAGAUACUCACAAGGAAAUCCAGUCUCCUGCAGAAGAUAAAGUAGGGAAACAAGAAAUUGAAAUCAAAGCUGUCUCUGCAAAGAAAGCUGUUGUGAGACAAGAGUCAGACUUGUCUGUGGAUGGGAAUGGUCCUGCAACAGCAGGUGACUCCCUCUCAGAGGAUUCAACCCAAAAACCAACAGAGAAGGUUUUAAUACCUAGCCAGGAACAAGUUUUUGCUGAAUGCUCUCAGAAGAGGAUUUUGGGGUUGCUGGCAGCUAUGUUACCACCUUUCAAAUCAGGCUCCACAAUGUCUCUGAUCAACCUGGAACAAAUCCUUCCACUGAUGUUUCAUGUUGUAAUCUCAAAUGCUGGCCACCUGAAUGAAACUUAUCAUUUAACCUUGGGACUCCUGGGCCAGUUAAUCCUCAGGCUUAUGCCUGCAGAAGUGGAUGCUGCUGUGACUAAAAUCCUUUCAGCCAAACAUAAUUUGUUUGUACCAGGAGAUGGGUCUACAGUGCCAGAAGGGUGGAAGACAACUCAUCUUCUGUUCAGUCUGGGAGCUGUGUGUUUAGACAGCCGUGUAGGGCUGGACUGGGCCAGCUCCAUGGCAGACAUCCUUCGGGCUCUGAACUCCUCUGCACAGUGGCACGGAGUGAUUGCUGCUUUCACUGACCACUGCAUCAAGCAGCUGCCCUUCCAGCUAAAGCACACCAACAUCUUCACUUUGUUGGUGCUGGUUGGCUUUCCUGAGGUGCUGUGUAUGGGCACUCGUUCUGUGUACAUGGACAAUGCUAAUGAGCCUCACAACGUGAUCAUCCUGAAACACUUCACUGAGAAAAACAGGGCAGUGGUUGUAGACAUCAAAACCCGAAAGAGAAAAACAGUGAAAGACUAUCAGUUGAUUCAGAAAUGUGAGCAGGAGGGCAGUGAUUCCCAGACCCAGCUGAGACAGUACCUGCAGCACUUUGUCCUCAUCUCCACCCACCUCCUGCAGACCAGCAUGGACAGCAGCUAUGCUGAGGCCGUGGAAACAACCUGGGUCUUGUCACUUGCUCUGAAGGGCCUUUACAGAACUCUGAAGAUUCAUGGCUUUAAGGAGAUCCAGUCUGCCUUUCUUCAGUCUGGUUUGCUCAAACUUCUGGUGAAGAAGUGUAGCAAAGGAACUGGCUUCAGUAAGACUUGGCUUCUCCGAGACUUGGAGAUUUUGUCAAUAAUGCUGUACUCCUCAAAGCAAGAUAUCAGUUCCCUGGCUGAACAGGAGGAUACUGAACUGGAAGACAGGGAACAGGAUCAAGAUGUGGAGCAGCCUGUUGUUGGUCCUGUUGAUUCAGAGCAGAACAAACUUGAUCCUCUGGAGGGCCUGGAUGAAGCCACCAAAAUAUGUUUCUUGAUGACACACGAUGCACUUAAUGCACCUCUCCACAUUCUUCGAGCCAUGUAUGAAUUGCAGAUGAAAAGAACAGAUUCCUUUUUCCUGGAAGUUCAGAAGAGGUUUGAUGGAGAUGUGAUCACCACGGAUGAGAGGAUCAGGACACUGGCUCAGAAGUGGCAGCCCAGCAAACGCUUGAGACUGGAGGAGCAGAGUUCCAAGGCAGUGGAUACAGAUAUGAUCAUCUUACCCUGUUUGUCCAAGCCUGUCCUCUGUGAUAAAGCAACAGAAGAAACCAAUCCUGUAGCCCAGAAACUCAUCACCAACACAGAGAGUGACCUGCAGCUCAGCUAUGCCAAGCAGCGACGCACCAAGAGCUCCAUCCUCCUGCACAAGGAGCUGGACUCCAGGAGCAAAAAGGCUGUGAGGGAAUACUUGUACCGUGUCAAUGAGGCAAUUGCAGUUCUGUAUGCCAGGCAUGUGCUGGCAUCCUUGUUAGCUGAGUGGCCUGAUGAUGUGGCAAUAAAUGAGGAAAUCCUAGACCUCAGUGGCCCAGCCCAUAUGACAUACAUCCUGGACAUGCUGAUGCAGCUAGAGGAGAAGCAGCUGUGGGAAAAAAUUCUCCAGAAAGUGCUGCAUGGCUGCAAGGAGAGCAUGCUGGGGACCAUGGCCCUGACAGCCUGUCAGUUCAUGGAGGAGCCAGGGAUGGCAGUGCAGAUGAGGGAAUCCCAGCAUCCUUACAACAACAAUACCAACUUUGAGGAUAAAGUUCACAUUCCUGGUGCUAUCUACCUCUCCAUCAAGUUUGACUCGCAGUGUAACACGGAGGAGGGCUGUGAUGAGCUGCUCAUGUCCAGCAGCAGUGACUUCCAGCAGGACCGGCACAGCUUCAGUGGCUCUCCCCAGAAAUGGACUGACUUCGAGCUUCCAGGAGACACACUCUACUACAGAUUUACUUCUGACAUGAGCAACACUGAGUGGGGUUAUAAGUUUACAGUGACAGCAGGUCAUCUGGGAAGGUUUCAGACAGGGUUUGAAAUUCUCAAGCAGAUGCUGUCUGAGGAAAGGGUAAUUCCUCAUCUUCCACUUUCCAAAAUCUGGGAGUGGCAGGUGGGAGUGGCAUGUCGCCAAACGGGGCACCAGCGUCUCAAGGCCAUCCACCUGCUCCUGAAAAUUGUGCAGUGCAGCAGCCAGGGGGACUGUGACCUCACCUUAUUGAAGCCACUUUGGCAGCUUUUCACCCAUAUGGAAAACAACUCAUGUCAGGACACAGCCAAGCCUGGUAUUCUCCUUCCUCUUCAUCGUGCACUGGCAGAACUCUUCUUUGUGACAGAAAACAGAGUUACUGAGCUUGGAUCUCUACAGGAGUAUUUGCUUGCCUUAAAUACUGAAGAUCAUCUUCAUCGCUGCACAGCACAGGCCCUGAAAAACAUUGCUGCUAUCAGCCUUGCCAUUAACUAUCCAAAC